AUGCAGCGUAAACAACGGUCUCGUUUCAAUCUGUACUUGAUUUUCAUCAGUGUAGCACAAACCACAGAUCUUGUGGUCAAUGCCAUUCUGGAUGACUUCCUUGGUCGGGGACUGACUUGGGCAAGUGAUUGUACAGUUUACAUCAAACUGGACACGUACACAGUGUGGAGUUGCAAACUGUUCAGUUAUGCACCGAAAGUGACCAGCUUCAUAGCGAAUCAGUUAUUGGUCAUGUCUACAGUGGAUCGUCUACUGACUACGUACGAACCCAUAAGAUUUCGUGGAAAUUCACACAUGCGUACUGUGUUUGUAUUGAUCUGUUUGACUUUCAUAUUCGGAAUGACUCUAUUCAUCCCACAACUGUUAUUCAAUAAUCUGGUGUACGAGGAAACAUCACAAUUGAUUGGAAAAACAACAUGUCAAUUUCCCAAUUCACUCAGAUGGGGUGUUCAGUUUGUGCUCUAUGUCACUAUCAUUGGAACAUACAUUGCCCCUACUGUAUGCAUCACGGCAAUCAAUAUGCUUAUUCUGGUCAAGUUACAAUCACUGACAAAUUCUCGUUACAGAAUGAGUGUGGCCGCGCGUCAAUCACCGAAUGAGAUGCGUCGAAUUGUUGGGCAUUUAUGCUUGACCUCUGUUUUCCUCUUUGUCACAUUUCCUUUAACCGUGGUGAUCAUUCUUCGUCAGCGGUCGGAUUUCGGUGGCUACAAAAUGCUGUACCCGGAGUAUGCCCAAAGGUUGGUCGACCUAUCAAGACUAUUCAGCUCGUUCGAUGCAAUAGUCUACUCAUCUCAGUUUAUCAUUUUGUUUGCUUUCCUACCGAAUUUUCGUCGUACAUUGUGCCAUCGGGUAUGUUGCUUCCGGUCUCUAUGUGGUAGUGUAUUCGAUUCACCCCAACCUGACUUAACAUUACGCACUCGACGAGAAAGCGAACGACCCGGACCGCCAAUUAUGACCAGUUUUAUGAAAGCUAUGGCCACCGGGAACAGUGUACAGUCGGCGGCCAUAAAGUGA